AUGCUGAAUCAGGAGCCAUAUCUAAAAGAUCGCUUAUUGAUACCACCAUCAUAUGACGAGGCGACCUACCGCCAACAACAAAUUGCAAGUUCGUCUUAUGUUCCUGUCAAUGUUGGUUAUAUUACUCCUUCAGGCCCAGUGGCCAUCGAUGCAAAUUCUGUGCAACCGCAGCCUACAAGACAUUCUUAUCAAGGCGCUGUCAUUACUGGAAUUAUAGUUGGUGGUGUAGUUAUAAUAGCUCUCAUAGUAUCUCUGACGUUUAUAUUUACAAGACGCAGUUUCGUUACAACACCUACAACAACGACUACAACAACUAAAAGACCAAUAUGUUUCGACGGCGAUGGAUUUUUGGUAAAAGAAGGUGGCUCUCGAGUGAAAAUACGUGAUAUUAAGAUAGGUGAUCAAAUACUUGUGGCUUACGAAACGGCGAUUCAAGGGGUUAAACUUCGUUCAAGUCCAGUGCUCGCAGUGGACAUCUUUCAGAAAUAUAAUAAUGGUUCAUCUGUAGAUUUUCUAGAAAUUCAAGUCGAGUCUAAUGUUCGUUUCAAACCACUGCAUAUCACUCCAAGACAUUCAUUACUCGUCAAAAAGGAACAUGAUGUUCAAGUGAAGUAUCUCUUUGCGUCUCAAGUUCAGAUCGGUGAUUAUUUGUACUUGGUAGAAGAUGACUAUCUAUCAGCUAUUCAGGCUAGAGUGACUAGUAUAAAAAAUGUUCAACUCUUUGAUGCUUACGCACCACUUACACUUGAAGGAACUUUAGUUGUCAAUGAUGUUGUGGUCUCUUGUUAUGGAACAUAUGUGCAUUCGUUUGUUCAUUUGAUUAUGGCACCACGGCGAUGGUUACGCUAUGGUACUCUUCAAAUCGUAUCGUCCUUAAUGGGACCUACAUAUAUGAAAAAAUAUAUUGAUUAUCUACACAAUUAUUUUUCGACAAUUGACUUAUUUCGAUUGAUUAUACUCAAUCGAAUUCGAGAUUUCAUUCAUGUAUUUGUAUCUGUAUGA